AUGAAUGUUAGCAAUAAACUCGGGCUGGUGAGGUUCCUGCCGCCCCAGGAAGGAGGGCGGGGCGGGAUCUCAGCCGGGUCACCCCCGGCCCCACCACACCCCCUGGCCCCAACCCCCGUGUACAGGCAGGCGCGGACCCCAGCCCCCUCUCCGGCCCGGCCUGCGACCCCGGUCAGGACCCCGACUCCCGGCCGGGCCCGCACUGCCAUCCGAACCUCGAACUUGGUCCGGACCGCAGCUGCAGCACCAGCACCGGUCCGGGUCGCGGUCCCGGUCCCAACCACGGCUCCAGCCUCAGUCCCGGUCCGGGUUUCGGUUCCAGCUGCAACGCCAGCCCCGGUCCGGGUCCCGGUUCCAGCCGCAGCGCCAGCCUCGGUCCGGGAUCCUGCACCCACGCCGUUGAGGGAGACGCAUGUCCCAUCGGUCGUCCGUGGAUUCGAGCUCACCCAAGAGCCCUUUCCUGAGCUCACCCCACCGCCCAGUGAUUUGCUGGGGCGCACCCUCGUGUCCACCCCUCCGGCGGACCCACUGGCUCCCACGUUGAUGGAUUCCACUAUUGGACCUACCUGGACGCCCAUCGGGGGAACGGUCCAGUCGCCCGUCACCCUUCCCAUUUCUACCAACACAUUCGCCUCCACCAGCGAGAGCUUCCAAGUGGACAGCAGGAUCCUGAUUCGAGUGAUCUGUGGCCUCUGAAGCUCUGGCCUUCGGUAUAUUCUACUGAAAAAGAGCCUAGAGCAGCAAUUUCCAAACUGUCUACUCUCUGAGGAGGACAUAUCUGCCCAGGCUUCAGGGGAGUUUGAAGUGUUAUUGGACAGGAAACUGGUCCAUUCCAAGAAGAAAGGUGAUGGCUUUGCAGUCAGGCUGCAGGAAAUUGUGAGCGCUAUCCAUGAGGAGAUCAGGAAAAGGCAGUGGGCAGCUGGCGAGCUGGAGGUGAGGUGA